CCGAACAGAGGAGCUCUGGCCCCCCAACUGUCGGAUUCCAGGGGCUGAAGAGCUGAUUCUGACUUUGAUGGUUUAGGGGAGAAUUGGAAAUAAUCCUCGAGGAAAGUGACAAUGAUUCCUGCUCUAGGGCACCGGGACUGCAAAGGGCUGGUUGUGCUGGGAGUCCUCCUGGGGAUCCAGUGGGAAACCGGAUGCACCCAAAUAAGCUACUCCAUUCCUGAGGAGCUGGGGAAAGGCUCUUUCGUGGGCAACAUCUCCAAGGACCUGGGGCUGGAGCCCCCGGAGCUGGCAGAACGCGGAGUCCGCAUCGUCUCCAGAGGUAGGACUCAACUUUUCGCGCUGAACCCGCGAAGCGGCAGCUUAGUCACGGCGGGCAGGAUAGACCGGGAGGAGCUCUGUAUAGGGGCCAUCAAGUGUCAGUUAAAUCUAGAGAUUCUGAUGGAGGAUAAAGUAAAAAUAUAUGGAGUGGAAGUGGAAGUGAGAGACAUUAACGAUAACGCCCCCUACUUCCGUGAAAGUGAAUUAGAAAUAAAAAUGAGUGAAAACGCAGCCACUGGGAUGCGGUUCCCCCUUCCCCACGCUUGGGAUCCGGAUAUCGGGAAGAACUCUCUCCAGAGCUACAAGCUCAGCCCGAAUACUCACUUCUCCCUGGAAGUGCAAACCGGAGCGGAUGGGAUCAAGUACCCGGAGCUGGUGCUGGAGCGCGCCCUGGACCGCGAAGAAAGGGCCGUUCACUACCUGGUCCUCACGGCCUCGGACGGGGGCGACCCGGUCCGCACCGGCACCGCGCGCAUCCGCGUCAUGGUCGUUGAUGUGAAUGACAACGCCCCAGCGUUUGCUCGGUCCGAGUACCGCGUGAGCGUUCCGGAGAACGUGGCCGUGGGCACUCAGCUGCUCGUGGUAAACGCCACGGACCCUGACGAAGGAGCCAAUGCGGAAGUGAUGUAUUCCUUCCGGUAUGUGGACGACAAGGCGGCCCAAGUUUUCAAGCUAGAUGGCAAUGUAGGGACAAUCUCAACAAUAAGGGAGCUAAACCACGAGGAAUCAGGAUUCUACGAGAUGGAAGUGCAAGCAAUGGAUAACGCAGGAUAUUCUGCUCGAGCCAAAGUCCUGAUCACAGUUCUGGACGUCAAUGACAACGCCCCUGAAGUAGUCCUCACCUCUCUCACCAGCUCUGUUCCCGAAAACUCUCCCAGAGGUACAUUAAUUGCCCUUUUAAAUGUAAAUGACCAAGACUCUGGGGAAAAUGGGCAGGUAAUCUGUUUCAUCCAAAAGAAUCUACCCUUUAAAUUAGAAAAAUCUUACGGAAAUUACUAUAGCUUAGUCACAGACACAGUCUUAGACCGGGAACAGGUUCCUAGCUAUAACAUCACCGUGACCGCCACUGACAGGGGAAGUCCGCCCCUUUCCACAGAAACUCACAUCUCGUUGAACGUGGCAGACACCAACGACAACCCGCCCAUCUUCCCUCAGGCCUCCUACUCAGCCUAUAUCCCAGAGAACAACCCUAGAGGAGCCUCCCUAGUCUCGGUGACCGCCGGCGACCCCGACUGUGAUGAGAACGCCCAAGUCACUUAUUCCUUGGUCGAGAACACCGUCCAGGGGGCACCCGUGUCCUCCUAUGUCUCCAUCAACUCGGACACCGGUGUCCUGUAUGCGUUGCAUUCCUUCGAUUAUGAGCAGUUCCGAGACCUGCAGCUGCAAGUGAUGGCGCGUGACAGUGGGGUCCCGCCACUCAGCAGCAACGUGUCGCUGAGCCUGUUCGUGCUGGACCAGAAUGACAAUGUGCCUGAGAUCCUGUACCCCACUCCCCCCACAGAUGGUUCCACAGGCGUGGAGCUGGCGCCCCGCUCCGCAGAGCCCGGCUACCUGGUGACCAAGGUGGUGGCAGUAGACAAAGACUCAGGCCAGAACGCCUGGCUGUCCUACCGCCUGCUCAAGGCCAGCGAGCCUGGGCUCUUCGUGGUGGGGCUGCACACGGGCGAGGUGCGCACGGCGCGGGCCCUACUGGACAGAGAUGCGCUCAAGCAGAGCCUCGUGGUGGCCGUCCAGGACCAUGGGCAGCCCCCUCUCUCAGCCACCGUCACUCUCACUGUGGCCGUGGCCGACAGCAUCCCAGACGUCCUUGCGGACCUUGGCAGUCUCGAGUCUCCCGCCAACAGCGAAACCUCAAGCCUUACGCUCUAUCUCGUGGUAGCGGUGGCCGCCGUCUCCUGCGUCUUCCUUGCCUUUGUCAUCGUGCUGUUGGCGCUCAGACUGCGGCGCUGGCACUCGUCGCAUCUGUUCCAGGAUGCUGGAGAAGGAUUGGCGGGCAUGUCCGCCUCGCACUUUGUGGGUGUGGACGGGGUGCGGGCUUUCCUGCAGACCUAUUCCCACGAGGUCUCCCUCACCGCGGACUCAAGGAAGAGUCAUCUAAUCUUCCCUCAGCCCAACUACGCGGACACGCUCAUCAGCCAGGAGAGCUGUGAGAAAAGCGAGCCUCUUUUGCUGUCAGGUGAUUCAGGAUUUUCUAAGGAUAAUCAUGCAUUAAUUCAGGUGGGUCCAUAUCAAAUAUUCUUCUCUGAACUUGGAGCGCAAUAUCCCUUAAGUAUAGAUUUGUGUAUGUAUAUUUGGAAUUUAUAA